AUGUACCUGGAAGCUGCAAACUCAGCAGACAUCGCAGCGGGCAGGACAGUACACGCCCCAUCCAGUCCAGUCCCAUCUCUAAAACGUCGCCCGAUGGGCAUUAUAGAAAAGAUCAUGACACACGCCGGAGUCGGACUCUCCCAACCAAACGUAACCCCCGGCGAAAUGAUCUGCGUCAAGGUCGACUGGACCAUAACCUCAGAGCUUCUCUGGGCCGGGAUGGAAAAGACCUACGACCAGAUGGGCAGACCACGACCUUACCGCAACGACAGGCUCUGGCUAGCCGUCGACCACACCGUCGAUCCACGAACAAACCACCAGCCUCGCCAGCAGGGCCUCAUCAGCAAGGCCGAGCGGUUCCGCGACGAGGCCAAGAUAGUCGAUUUCCUGCCCGCGAACACCAGCAUCAUGCACACGGAUUUCACGCGAGACCGGGCCCAGCCGGGCCGUAUUGUUGUGGGGAGUGACUCCCAUACAUGCUCUGCAGGGAGCAUGGGGUCUUUCGCUGUUGGAUUCGGCGCUGCAGAUGUAGUCAUGCCCAUGGUCACCGGGGAGACGUGGUUCAGGGUCCCUGAAGUGUGCCGGAUCAACUUCGUUGGUAGUCUGCCGUUCGGCGUGGGAGGGAAGGAUGUCAUCCUACAUAUUCUGGGUCUAUUCAAGCGCAAUACAAUUACCUUCCAGCGAGCCGUUGAGUACGGCGGUCCCGGGCUGAAAGAGCUGUCCAUGGACGCGCGGUUUGCAAUCGCCAACAUGAAUACCGAAUUCGGGGGCAUGGGUGCCUGUUUCGAGGCGGACGAGGUCACUGCGGACUGGAUUGCCCGUCGACCGCACCCUCAUCAUCGCGAGGGAGGGUUGUAUUUCCGAGCAGACCCCGGGGCGAGAUACGCAGAGGAGAGGACGAUUGACCUCUCGCAGGUCGGACUCACAAUGGCUCUGUAUCCGAACCCGGAUGAUAUUGUGCCGGUGGCUGAAAGGACAGGAAUGAAGCUAGACGGCUGCUUUAUCGGUGCCUGUACAACUACAGAAGAAGACCUCAUUGUCGGCGCUCUCGUCCUUGAAGCCGGUCUGCGCAGUGGACUCCGCCCAGUAUCUCACGGCAAACGCCGCGUCACACCGGGUAGUCUAACAAUUAUCAAGAACCUGGAACGCCACGGCCUUCUCGAUAUCUACCGACAGGCUGGAUUCGAGAUUGGGGCGCCGGGAUGUUCAUACUGCGUGGGCAUCAACGACGUCGACGUGGCGGGCGAAGGCGAAGUCUGGCUGUCGUCUCAGAACCGCAAUUUCAGGAACCGCAUGGGCAAAGGCAGUUUUGGGAAUAUCACCUGCGCAGCAGCUGUUGCGGCAUCGAGUUUUGCUAUGCAGGUUACAGAUCCACGGUGGUUGUUGGAUCGUCUGGACAAGAAGAAGUUUGCGAAGCUUGUCAGUACUUGGAAGGCUUCAAGCUCUGUGAGAAUCACACCGGAGAUCCACGAGCCAGAGCCUGAACUUGGGGAUUGCGCUGGGGCAGUGGCGAGCAUGCUGGAUGGGAUUAGUGAUACAAGGAAGUCAAGGAUAGUCCGGUCGACGGUGCAGCGGUUUGCAGAGAAUGUCGAUACCGAUGCUAUCAUUCCGGCAGAGUUUAUGCCUGGUGUCGAUAAUGCCGACCUUGGGAGUCACUGCUUCCAAUACUUCCGUCCUGAAUUCCGCGAGAAGGCUGCCAAUGGGGCACAGAUCAUCGUGGCCGAGCACGGAUUCGGCAGCGGGUCGUCGCGAGAGGACGCCGUGAGGGCACUGCUGGGAUCGAAUAUCCAAGCUGUUAUUGCGAAAGGAUUUGCCUUUAUCUACGAGCGGAACCAGUUGAAUAUGGGCUUGUUCAACGUUAAGCUCCAGGACGAGGACUUCUAUUCCAAUGUACACGAAGGCUCGGUAGUCACAAUCGACAAAGACAGCAAGACUAUCCGGAUUGAAGGCAUUGACAAGGUCUUUUCAUACGAGCAGUCGGAGAUCGAGGAGGCAUUACUCGACGCAGGGGGAGUGAUGCCGCUGUAUACCGAGUUUGGAAACGCAGUGUUUCGACAGCUGACGAAGCCGAAGAGAGGGAGAAGAGAAGUAUAUAAUGGUGUUAAAGAAAGUAGUAUUAGCUGGUAG